UUUUCACUUCGUUGACUUUACUAUCCGACCUAUUGAUUUUGAGACGGGGAAGGCGCAUAUCGUUUACGUCCAGACAGUAUGUACUUAAUCCUGACUUUACAUUCCCGCUGUUUAGUAAGGGAGCUUAAUAAUGAAUUGUUUAGUCUUAAAUGAACGCAGGUGCGUUUCAAUGUACGUUAACUGUUCCCUAAGUCUAAUGCUCUGCCAGCUUGUUUGGAGUGUUUAAGCAACUCGCGGUUAUACAGCAUGGGAGGCAUUGUGCGUAAUAGUUCCUGUUAAAAAUUAGCAGCGCGUUGGGAGCGCUUCUGGAAGGAGUGGAGGAAGGCAUUUAAAAUUUUGGCAUUUCAACGACCGAACAAAAAGUUCUCCAGUUUAUUAACCCACUGUAGUUGACUUUCUCUCCGAAUCCACGCCGUGUUUAACAUUUGAUCAGGACAAUUUUGACAAUCACUAUAUGUGACUGCAGAUCGAGAAUUGUGCGCAAUAUCUGGAUUGAAAACAACUGGCCUCAGAGCAAAGCGGGUCCAGUAGCAAGGCUGUUUAGAAAUAAACCUAGUGUUAGAAGGACAACCAAGCAGUGAAAUCGUAGGUUCUGGAAUCUUCCAACUCGGCCAGAGACCGAUAGUGAAAAAUGAAUUGGGAUUCUUUCCACGAAAGAUCAGAGCCAAAAGGAGACAGGUGAAACAUGGUUCUCGAGAGAACGUGAUAUUGUUAAAUCUUUCUCUCUCUUCUACCGCUAACUAUGCUGGUCCCGGGUCUCUCGAUGUGUUGAGUUCAGUCCAGUGUGGUAAGGAUGGCGUGAGCGGCCGUUUUCUGUUUCUACAAACUGUGCGAGCGCCACGGGCGCUGUCGGUACACACGGAGUGUCUUCGCAAAGGACAGUUCAUAAAAUGAACACCUGGAGCUGCCGGCGUGCGCUCCGCUGGCCUGAGCGAUGGGACGCUCAGCUACCGACCCGCAGACGUUUGCGAUGUAGGAGAAAACCCCAGGUGGAGAAAAGAGAGCGCGAAUUUCGGAGAGAGAACCCCGAGCUGGAGCUUGAACGGACCAAAGGAGCUGUGAGGCUCCAGCGCCUCUUAAACCAGGCAAGCGUCGCUAGGACUGGAGCCACUGAUCGAGAAAGAUCUAAACUACAAAUUGGUGUUCUCUUUGCAAAAGUUAAAGACAUCAGCAAAAAUUCCUCAAGAAUGUUCACUGAAGGCAAUCAGAAGCAGCAAUGUCAUUUCAUGAAUGUAUGCUUAGCAUUAAGGAAUACUACAAAAAAUCACUUGUGCUUAAAGUUGUCAAUGUGCCUUUUGUUUUCAUUGAAGUUGUUUGCUUUGAUUACAUUAAUGCUUUACUAUAGCAACAAAGGUGAUUCGCAAUUUCAGGCUGUGAAGUACAAGAUAUCCAACCACAUCAAGUGUCCACCCGUUGGCAUUAAUUUUGGGAGGAAUGCUUCAUCUCUCACUAAAAGUAAUACGACUAUUUUCUUUCUGGAGACUUCCAAACGAACCAACCCAACAUUUUUGACCAUGUGUUCUGUGGAAUCUGCUGCAAGGUCUCACCCCACAGCCAAAGUUGUCUUUUAUAUGAAGGGGCUUACAGCUACAGCUGGUAUGCAAACCCCAAAGAUGUCUCUAUUGAACUGCUUUCCAAAUGUUGAGAUCAAGCCAAUAGAUUUGAAAGAGAUUUUUGCAGAUACUCCAUUGUCUUCCUGGUAUUUGCAACUGAAUACAUGGUGGCAACCCUAUCUUAUAACAACUAUUUCUGAUGCAGCAAGGCUUGCCAUAAUUUGGAAAUAUGGUGGAAUUUACUUGGACACUGAUAUUAUUGUUCUUAAAAAUCUGCUAAAUCUUACCAAUUGCAUUGGGAGAGAACAAAAAUAUUUAGUAAAUACAGCUUUUUUGGCUUUCAAUCAACACCAUGACUAUAUCAGAUGUUGUCUGGAUGAUUUUGUUGAACACUUUAAUGGCUGGAUCUGGGGUCACCAGGGACCUCAGCUAGUAACUAGAAUUCUUAAAAAGUGGUGCCAAAAGAACAGCGUAACCAAGAUACAGCAGUGCAAAGGAGUUAAAAUGCUAAAUCCUGAGGCUUUUUAUCCAAUCCGUUGGCAGGACUGGAAAAAGUAUUUUGAAGUUGUAAGUCACUCAGAGGCUCGAGAGUUACUUAAGAAUUCUUAUGGCGUGCAUAUCUGGAAUAAAAAGAGUCAUGGAACUCAAUUCCAGAUAGGAUCCAAGGUGAUGAUUGACCAACUCAGCUCAGUUUAUUGUCCACUUACAUACAAAAUGAUGGGCUGGCGGGAAAAUAUGUAAAGCAAUUAUUAUUACUUCAAAGACAUUAGUAUUCUAAUCAGGUUUAAAAUUUAUUUGAUUUCAGAUGAAAUUUGCAAAAUUAUUAACUUCAAUUUUGUAUUAAAGUUUCGCUCCAUGUGUUGUAAUUCUGCAAAAUAACUGGUUGUUAAUGUCUUGUAUAA